AUGUUUUCAUUCGACCCCCCGGCCUCUAGCGGGACUUCUGGCGGUAGUAUCUUCGGCUCCGCUGGCAAUGCGAAUACCGGAUCUAACUCGGGAGGUCUCUUUGGAAAUGUUGGAGCAACUACCGGUGGCUCGACGCCUUCUCCAUUUGGAACAACCUCUACACCCGGACAAAGCCCUUCGCUUUUUGGUAAUGCCGGCAGUAGUGGCGCGAGUAGUAGUGGUACACCAGCAUUUAGCUUCGGAACUCAGAACAAACCCGCCGCUACCACAGGCCAGACGCCCUCUUUGUUUGGCGCCGGAUCAUCACAAACACCAAAGCCUACCGAAACCCCCAGCUCCGGAGGCCUUUUUGGGAACAAUGCGCCGAAACCCACCGGCAAUCUGUUCGGCAAUAACUCAUCCACCCCUGGACAAUCUGGAGGACUCUUCGGGAAUGCAUCUACCACUCCCGCCGGGCCCCCUCCUCAAGGAAACUCAACCGGUCAAGGCCAGACGCUCUUUGGACAGGCGGCGCAGAAGCCUGGCGGUCUCUUCGGAGGUUUGAACGCCAACCCCUCAACCGCGCCUACGACAACCUCUUCCACCACCCCCACGCUGGGAGGAACCUCUCAACCAUCGUCGACUCCCAACCUAUUCGGAGCGAACGCAGCACAGAAACCCACGUUUGGUAGCACGACUCCCGCGGCGCCCGCCGGAGGUGGCCUCUUCGGAAAUAUUAACAAGGACAAACCCGCAGAAUCGACAACUCCCGCGACCUCUGCGGACAGCGCUCCAAAGACCCUUUUCGGAAACGCCGCCCCAGCACCAUCCGGUCUUUCCAUGUUCAAAGCACCCACUUCCGGAGCCGACUCUGGGGCUAAGCCUGCCUUCCCUGCGCUGGGCGCCCCGGCAUCGACUGCCCAAACGUCGGCGACACCUGCCACGUCCUCUGCGACACCACAAAAGUCCCUUUUUCCGGCCCUUGGAGGCGCCACCUCCUCAACCACUCCAUCAUCCACACCUGCUGCCGGUGGCUCCAGCUUAUUUUCAGGACUCGGAGCCCCCAAGUCAACCGAAACGAGCGCCCCAGGAACCACUGCUACCGCUGCCCCUGCCUCCCAGCCCGCAGCGACCAACACUCUAUUUGGAAAGCCUGCUGGCACCUCCGCCCCCGCUUCUCAACCCGCAGCGACCAGCAUGUUCUCGAAGCCUGCCGGAGCUACUCCGUCUACUCAGCCCUCCACUAGCGGUGCGACCACUGCGGGCGACAAGCCCUCAUUGACUGCUACUUCGGGAGCGGCCACGUCGGGGGCAACCACCUCGACCACCGCAGGUGUCAAGCAGCCCCAAUGGCUGGGCGCCUCCACUGCCGGACCGGCUCCUCCAGCCCAGUCGCGCCUGAAGAACAAGACGAUGGAUGAAAUCAUCACUCGAUGGGCCACCGACUUGACCAAGUAUCAGAAGGACUUCCGGGAGCAGGCGGAGAAGGUUGCCGAAUGGGAUCGCAUGUUGGUGGAGAACGGAAGCAAGGUCCAGAAGCUGUACGGAAGCACAGUCGAUGCCGACCGCGCGACGCAGGAGGUCGAGCGCCAGCUUGCUUCCGUUGAAGGCCAACAAGAGGAAUUGACUUCUUGGCUGGAUCGGUACGAACGUGAAGUGGAGGAGAUGAUGUCGAAACAGGUGGGACCGGGCGAGUCACUCCAAGGACCGGAUCAAGAGCGUGAGCGAACCUACCAAAUGGCCGAAAAGCUAUCAGAGCGCCUGGACGAAAUGGGCAAGGACCUUACCAGCAUGAUCGAGGAAGUCAACGGCGCUUCGUCUACCUUGAGCAAGACGAAUAAGGCGGAUGAGCCGAUCUCUCAAAUCGUACGCAUCCUGAACUCUCACCUUUCCCAGCUCCAAGUCAUCGACCAAGGUACCACCGAACUUCAAGCCAAGGUCCAGGCUGCGCAAAAGACCGGACAGACGCUGUCGUCCCGCUUCGGAUACGGAUUCAGCAGCUCCGGCAUUGGAGGCACAAACGCUGCGGACGAUUUCUACCGCUCUUACAUGGGACGGCGGUAA